CCCACCCCUCUUCUCCUCCCUGUGUCCCAGAUUCCUCACACAUCUGGUUGCUUUGUGUUUCUCCAAAACUGACUACGUCAAGGCGGAGGGAAGAAGUGGGGGUGGAAAAUAUUAUAAAAGGGAGGAAAAGUAAGUGAAAGAGGAACCAAGGUAAGAGAAUAAUCGUUGGAGCAACAAAGUGAGUUGAACAGCGUAUUUGCAGGAGGAGAGAGAGAACGCAGGGGAGAAACAGUGGGAGCAAAAAGAAAAAAAUGUAUUGGCAAAAAUAUCCGGCCACAGACAAAGCGUUGUGUGUUUAUCCACCAGCAGGUCACAAUAUGGCGCUUUUCCCAUUCUGCAAGACGGCCACAGGACCAGUGACGAGAUGGCAACUGGUUCUGUACUGUUUGAUCUUCUCUCUUAUCAUAUACUUCCUCAAUGGACGUGAAGCGGCUGUCGGCGUGGAGUCACCUCACCCUAUCUUUCGUGCCUGGGGACUGGACAGGGAAAGAGCAAUGAGAGACAUGACGGCCAUCAAGGCGACAGCACUAGAGACCCCUUGGGGUGCUCCCUUAGUGUGGGGUGACACGCAGGCCUCAGCCCUGCGCAGGGCUAGAUUUGCGCAACGGGGAAUCCGUAUUGGUCUGCUGGCCCUCGUUGUGGGAACUUAUGCCCGGUUCGUGCAACGCUUCAUCACUUCAGCCGAAACCCACUUUCUCCCUGGUCAGAUGGUCACCUACUACAUUCUCACGGACAACCCUCGCACUCUGGACCCGCCCAUCGAGGUGGGCCCUGACCGUUGGCUGAAGGUGGUUCCUGUUGCAGAGCUGCCCGGGUGGGAGAGCCUGGCUCGUCGGCGGAUGGCCCUGCUUGCCGAUGCCAUCCGAAACCCAAUUGGCAGCGAGGUUGAGUACAUCUUCUGUGCGGACAUCGAUCAGGAGUUCGUGGCCCCUGUGGGAGAGGAGAUCUUGGGGGACCUGGUGGCCACAUUGCACCCAGAGCUCUACGGGAUGCCGCGAAAGGAAUUUCCUUACGAAAUCAAAGAGGUGUCAUCAGCUUGGGUGGAGGAGGAUGAGGGAGACUACUACUACACCUCUGAGUUUUACGGGGGGCUGGUUUCUGAGAUGUACAGUCUGGCUCGAGCCGGUUCUUUGCUCAUUCUGCGGGACCAGGCUAAGGGGGUAAUGGCCAGGGGCCUCGAGGAGAGCUACUUAAACCGCUACUUGAUCGACAAAAGGCCCACCUGUGUGCUUUCCCCAGAGUACAGCUGUUGGAAGAGGGCCCUGGCUCCUGAUGGGCAUGUACAGAGGCUGGUAUCAUCGGGAUAGAAAAUGAAUGACUUAUGAUAAUCAGAAUGGGAAUCAAUGCAUAAUGUGGGUUUCUGCUGGCCGAGGAGGAACGAAUGUGGAUCUCACCCCAAAAUGACAAACUGGUUAUUGGUUUUGGUGUCACAUUUCAUUUUGGUGAAGGUGCCUGUAGUGUAAUGACAGGACAAAUGGGCAAAAGAGGGCACAUGUCGCAAUAACUUCUAUUCAAUUUCUACGUAAUAACUUGUUUUCCUGUUCUAUUAGCCAUUAAAUGUAGCUUGCAAUCACACACAGGCAAACUACACUAUCUGCUCUCAAUUAAAGACCCAUUUGUGUAAACAGUUUGUCCGUGAGCUAUCUGUUCCACAGCAGACAAAAAAGAAAUUGACCUGUCUCUUAAAACGGAGCACUGUGCUCUCCAUUAAUGUCAGCCCGGGAGAUACUGCUCCAGUGGCUUUGUGGUCAACAGCGAUAAGAGUCAACAGUGUAAGUGCACACUUUCCCCAUAGUGGCCAAUCAUUAACUGGAAGAGCUGCUGUUUCAAGGUCUUUAAAUACCAGGUGGGGGGAGAAUGGGUUUAACGGGAUGCUGUUUCUCCGGGUUACAGAAGCUGCCAUGUUUAAGCCUCGGCUGACACAACAAUUGUUUAGAAUUUAGUACUAGUGGUUCAGGAAGUUAUUAAGUGUUUUUCAUUAAAAAAUGUUCUCUUCCACACCAUGUGUAGGAGUAAA